CUGUAACGUCCUUGUCUGGGACUCAUCCAGGACGCAUUAGCGUUUACACUACAAAAGAUAUAUGGUCAAAAUGCGUCCAGAUUCAUAAGUGGUAGAAGUAAAGAAACACGUCUGACACAUCCACUGUUUCAAGGGAAAAAUUGUAAAUUAGCUUCUUACUAGUGGUGAACCAACAAUUAGUUACAGACACUCAUACCGGGCUGAUGCACGCGGUACUGGGGCCGGGAAUAUCAGGCAGUGGACUAAACCACUGUGAGAGAGAGGGUGGAAAAGGAAUCUUUAAAACUAAAAGUGCUUUAAUUACAGAUUAAUAUAAUACUUACAAUUACACAGUUCGGUUAAAAUAAUAUAUUUUGGGGAUAACUCUCAUGAGGGGGGUUCCUGACCCCUCUGUCCCCUAUGCCAACGAGCAUUGUUCAUGGAUCAGCAUCGUUUGCCCCGCCCACUAACAUGGGCGCGUCCGAAUUAACUGAAGGUUUUGUUUGCUGUGAUCCAUGAGGAGGGAGCGGUAUGUACGAAUUCUCAGCGUCGAUGGAAAAGCAGGCAGACAUAUUCCUUUCUCCGAAAUUCAGCAGUAUAUAACCGAUGGCUACACUGUCCCAUAAGGCCACGGGAGCUGCAGCCACAGAGGAGGAUCGUCGCUUGCCAGAAAUUUGUGUGAAGAUGGAGGAGGAAGUGCCGACUCUGUACGAACGUCAGUAGAGAGCAAUAGCCGGAUCCUUACGUUCACUCGAUCGAAUAUGUAUUUUUUUCCCAUUCAAAGUAUUUAACAGUUUUUACAUUUCGCGGGUAUAAAGCUACGUCAUCGGUAAACAUAUGGGUAAGGUUUUGUGCACGAACGUGACCCCAGUGUAUCCCAGUGCAUUGCUUCUGCUAUCAUGCAUACAAACCAGCAGGCCUGAGUACUGGUGCGCUCGGGUCGCAAGCUUCUGACGAAAUGCGGCAUCUAGUAUGUAAGUACUCUGUGUCGGACGCACUUCUUUUUAUUUUAAACUGUUUAAAACUUUUUCGGGCUGCCUGAGCCACGGUAUGGAAAAUGAUUCAAGACGAUACUACACAAGUAAACUUCAGCGUUUGAAUACGUUUUUUACUGCUUAUUACAAUACGAUGGUUUUGUGAUAAAGUAACAAAAAUGUUUCCGUCCGAAUUUCCAAAAUUGAGAUUGAUUUUUAUGAGCUGCGUUCGCUGCUCGCUUUGAAAUUCUGAGAGCUAUAUUAUGCUAGAGGCAUGGGGGCAAGUUGUCUCACUAAUUAUUUGACAUUUUAAUGAGCAAUUUAAUAUCCAGCAUUUUAUUCUUAAACACUAACAGAUAUGUAGAAGCUUACUAGUAAGCCAUACUUAGGCUAUCCCAUAUGGUCAAUGUAUAAAAUCAAUAGAACUUAUAUACAUUUAUUGGAUAGUUUAAACUUAUUGAAAACACAUUAGAGAACACUGGAAACAAUAUUGUUUAAUAUUAAUAUACAUAUAAUUUCAUUAAAGACAGAGAAAUUCUUAAACCUAUUUCAGUUGAAGGCUAUGUUAAAGCUAAUUGGUCGAUAUGGCAAUAAUACAUGUGGAUGCUAUGCUAUUAUGACUUGUGUGAAUUGGAUGAGUUAUUCUAUUGUAAAUACGAACCAGUUUUACAGGUUACGGUAGGUUCUUUUAGAACAAAAACUAGCAUAACGGUUUUUUCAUAUAAUUGGUCAAAAUUAUAAAAUAUUCAGUUGCCUCAGAAUGUCUUGUGAAAAGCAAUCACGUGAAUAUGUCAGAAAAGGUGGAUGUGAUUUACUGUGACAGUAUUUCUUACCAGUAACCUGCUGCUGUGUGACAAUUUGCCCCUGUGACACUUAGUCCUCUCUUACUAGAUACAUAGACCAUACAAAAGGACAUUAACUGAACAUAAGCUGUCUGCCUGGGCCCAUUUCUUCAGCCAUGGAAAUAGCUUUAAAGGGACGGUCACAGUGAUCUGGUUGGGGAAAGCAGGAAAGGCACCGUAGUCACGCAUUUAUUUUACAGAGAAUUUUAUAUUGCGGCAGGUCCUUCCCUGGCGAAAUAGUCUGAAGCGGAACUCCGAUAGGAAGACUGUCACAAUGAUGUCUAUGUCAGCCAUCCUGAGUGGUGUCACCGCUCACAAAAUCAGCAAAACCAUCACGUUUUUAUUGAAUGAAUCGGUGGUGUUGAGUUGGCCACCACAGGGUGGCGCCAGACCCUUGCUGCUGCUGCUGCCCUGGCUGGGAUCUCAGCCUCGGGGCUUGGCCAAAUACUGUGACAUAUACCUGCGUAGCGGCUUUGAUGUGCUCAUCGUGGAGAGCCGGGUCAGCCAGUUCCUUUGGCCGAAAUGGGGCCUUGACUAUGGCAUGAAGGUUCUGGAGGUGCUGCAGAGCGACAGGUUUGUGCGGCGCCCCCUACUGGUGCAUGCUUUCUCAGUAGGGGGCUAUACCUUCAGCCAGCUGCUGGUCCACAUCUACAGAAAUCCCCAGCAGUAUGACGGCCUGAUUCGCAGGCUCCGAGGGCAGGUUUACGACAGCCUGGUGAUGGGUUCCCUGGAUCGCAUGGCCGUAGGUCUGGGGAGGAGUUUGCUUCCCCAGGGGGAGAACCUUGUGCGGGCGGCCAGCAUGCUGUACUUUCGAGCUUUCAAGAGAGACACGGUGGACUACUUUAACAUGAACAUCGACAUCUUCUGGCACCACCCCAUUCAGGCACCUGCACUCUUCUUCUCCUGUGAGAAUGACCCAAUGUGUGACCAUCUCAAGAUGAAGGAGAUGAUUGAGGACUGGCAGAAGCGAGGCAUGAGGGUGGACUGCAAGGCGUGGAAGGACUCCACCCAUGCAGGACACCUGCGAGAUCACCCUCAGCAGUACCUCUCCACGCUUCAGGAGUUCAUACAGUCUCUCAGCAUGGUUCCUCUCAAAGCCAAAAUGUGAUGACCAGCCUUUGUUUCCGGCUGAAAACAAACACUGUACAUGUGUUUGUUUCCUUCAAGUAGUAACUGAUAAGUGUAGGAGAAACAAUAUUAAAAUGUUCUGUUUUGUCCUAAGGCACAGACUUUGUUUACACUCAAUAAAGAUACGAUGGGUGGGGAUUUCA